AUGUUUUAUACGCAGGCAUCCAGAAUAUUGCACCACGAUAAUCGGAGAAUUCCUUUCGAUAAUUCAAAUUUUCCUUUUGUUAAAUUCUAUUGUCGUCUAAAUUCAUAUUCUUCCUUUAUUCUUUCUUUUACAAGGUCUCUCGUCGUUAAUAAGCAUCACUACCUUUCUUUACGAUCAUUCUUUCUUUGCCCACUCACUAUUUUCUUUUAUACUCAUCUCUUCCUGUCCUGUAUUUUGUUCUUUCUUUUACAGUCUUUCUCUCUAAAUCUUCUUUUCUUUUUUCUUUCUUUUACACAAAUAUAUUUCUUUCUAUUUCCCUUCGUUCUUUCUUUCUUACUUCCUUUUAUAUAUUCCUUUCUCUUUUACUUUCUUUCUUUCACUCAAAUAAUUCCCUUUAUAUUUUCCUUCUUUAUUUCUUUUUUCUUUCUUUCUUUCUUACUUCCUUCUUUUCUUUCUUUUACACAAAUUAAUUCGAAUCUAUUUUACUUCCUUUCUUUCUUUUACACUAAUAAAUUGGUUUCAGAUUUCUUUCUUUCUUUCUUUAUUCCUUUUUAUUUUAUUUCUUUUAUUGUUACUUUUUUUUCAUAUAUUCAUUCUCUAUUCAUUCUUUUUAUAUUUUAUCUUGCUUUCAUAUGUUCAUUUUCAUUUUUUUUUAUUUUUUCUUCUUCUUUCCUUCUUCCUAUCUUCCUUUCAUAUGCCUAUUAUGUAUUCAAUCUUUUUAUUAUAUUUUUUUUAUUUUUACAUAUAUUCAUUCUCGAUUCAUUCUUUCUUCUUUCUUUCACACGUUCAUUGUCUAUUAAUUUUUUUUUUCUUUCUUUUAUAUAUUCAUUCUCCAUAAUUUUUUUCUUUCUUUGUUUCUUUCUUUUUUUUUUUCUGUCUUUCUUUCAUAUAUUCAUUCUCGAUCCAUUAUUUUUCUUUUCUUUCUUUUUUCUUUAUUUCUUUCGUAUGUUCAUUCUCGAUUCAUUCUUUUUUAUUUUCUUUCGUAUUUCUUUCUCUCUUCCUUUCGUAUGUUCAUUCUCGAUUCAUUAUUUUUAUUUUCUUUAUUUCUCUCUUUCUUUCAUAUGUUCAUUCUCGAUUCAUUCUUUUUUAUUUUCUUUCGUAUUUCUUUCUUUCUUUCAUAUGUUUAUUCUCGAUUCAUUGUUUUUCCUUCUUUCUUUCUCUCUUUCUUUCGUAUAUUUAUUCUCUAUUCAUUCUUUUUUAUUUAUUUCUUCUUUCUUUCUCUCUUUCUUUCGUAUAUUUAUUCUCUAUUCAUUCUUUUUUAUUUAUUUCUUCUUUCUUUCUCUCUUUCUUUCGUAUGUUCAUUCUCGAUUCAUUCUUCUUUCUUUCUUUCUUUUUUCUUUCUUUCUUUCUUUCUUUCUGUUUCGCUGUUAUUUUCCUCGACUACAUUUUCCAUGUUUUUGCUUUUUUUAUCGUUUAAAUUCGUUUUGUCGCUGUUAUGAUGUAAAAUUCUUCUGGCUCGUUGUCAUCUUUUUAUUCUCUUUCUCUUUCUCUUUCUCUUUCUUUCUCUUUCUCUUCCUCUUUCCUUUCUCCUCUUCGUUGUUCUUUUUUUCUCUUUCUUUCGUUCUUCUUUUCUUUUUUGUUAUUCUUUGA